UUUAGUCAUUGUAACAAAUUCCAUUAGGAGAACUUUUAUAAAAUUUUCAAGACACGAGAAGCAAAUAUUAUUAAAAUAUUUUAUUUUCCAAGUACCCUUGACGAUAUUUUUCAAUAUUAAAAUUUUAUGGAAAAACAAAUAAAAGAUAUUUUUAUAUUCAAAAAUUUGUCAUUAAUCAACUAUCAACUUGUAGUCAAACAGUAACAAUUGUCAAUUGCAGCUGGUUUUUGUGUGUCUUUGAUCAAACUUUUAAACUUUGUCUGUUUAAGUAGUGUACAUAAGCUGUCUCGAAAUUUACCUUAUAAAAAGAAGUUAAAAAAGUACAAGAAAAUUUAUUAGUAGAAAGAUAUUAACAAUCGGUUCACAUUUCACAAUCAUUUUGAAUCAUGAAAAUAUUAAAUUCUAUAAAAUGGUUUCUAUUCGCAAACAUUAUUAUACACAGUAUUGUGUGUGUAGUUGACUCCUUUAUGCUACCAGAUUCGGAUUUGGAUUUGGAUUUGCCACCCAGGCAACAUUUUAACAAAAAACUGUUGAAAAAUCAAGAAGAGGAAAACCUUCCACAAUUUGCUUUAGACGAUCCGGAAUUAUUUCACAAUUUAACGCACAAGCAAAAAUUUUUCAAAAAUUGUUCAAAUUUGCCCGAAAGAAUGGAAAACCUCUACAAUUCGUCAAAACUUCUAACACUGGAUUCGAAAACAUUUCACGAAGUUUUAAACAAAGCUUUCAUUAUCUGGAGAGAAAGUAACGCAUCAACUUACAUGAAAUUUGAAGAUUUAUUCGCAAUUUUGUAUUACACUGGCAAUGGUUAUAAAGAAAUGGAAAAUAAUUCGGAUGAAUCGAGACGAAUGAAAAAUGCCAUUUACAGACUUGCAAUUACGCAAUCUUUAAAUUCAGAAGAAUACGAAACGAAAUUAUAUCGAGGCGAAGCUAUGCCACUAAAUUGAAACAAUUUAUGAAAUGUCCUUCACUGAACCAUUCUUAAGAGCUGAGAUUGAGCAAUUUAGUCUUUAUCAGGAACGAGAAAGAAUUCUCCUACCGGGAACAAAUUUUUUUGUUAAUCAACUAAUUUGGAAAAUUAAGGACGGAAAAAAAGUCAAUUUAACAAUAAAACUAAUACAUAAUUAUGGAAAUAUGACACUAAUCGAUCAUCAACGGCAAGUUAUGAGGGAACUGAAGAAACUACAGAAUUCUGGUACCCAAUUUUAUGUCUGUUAAAUAAUUUUUUAGUCGAUAAAUUUAAAUAAAUUUUUCUUAACAGAUAACAAUUUAUUUAUUUAUAGAUAAAUAAAGUUUUGUUAAAUAAAUUAAUCUAUACCAUUUCGACUUUAAUUCUGUAAAUCUGGUAUCAGAAAAAAUAUUUAAAAUCAGUUUUAUG